UUAUUGACCUCCUGACUGUCACCGAAACUCGACAGAUGACCAACGUUGCAAACAAAAUCCGGACGGAGGUUUUAUCUGUCCAUGAUAUGUACCUUUUAUCGACUUUUCACCUGCCCCCCAAACAAGGGGGGGCCCUGUUUGGCCUUUACUACAAGAAGGAUAACAGCCGUUGGUUUGAAGUCUCUGUGGUUGGCAAGACGAAUAAAGUCCUCAUCCGAUACCUACGUGCCGACGGGAAACUCCACUCGGUCAACUUGCAGAAUUCCAACCUGUCGGAUGGACGCAGCCACACGCUCCUCCUGCGGGUUGGCGGCCUGAAGGCCAGCAGCCUGUCCUUGGAACUGUACGUGGAUUGCAAGCUGCUGGACUCCCAUAAGGGGCUGCCUGAAAUGGCGUCGAUUGACCAGGAAAAAACCGAAGCCAUCGAAGUGAGAACAGGACAGAAAACGUAUCUUCGGAUGCAGGGGUCUCUAGAAUCGCUCAAACUGAUCCUCGGAGGGUCUCUCGGCCGCAUUGGAGCCUUGAGCGAGUGUCCAUUUCAAGAGGACGAAUCCAUGCAGAACACGGUAUCCAACGUGAUCAAUUCUCUCUUUGGUGAACAAACCAAGGCCCUUGUACGGCAACUCACCCUUUUCAACCAAAUUCUGAUGGAACUUCAAGAGGACGUGCGAGAUCAGGUGAAGGAGAUGUCUUUAAUACGGAACACCAUUAUGGAGUGCCAAGUAUGUGGGUUUCACGAACACCGAUCCCGUUGUAACCCAAACCCGUGUUUCGCCGGGGUCGACUGCAUGGAGACCUACGAAUAUCCGGGGUAUCGUUGCGGGCCCUGUCCUUCUGGUUUUGAAGGCAACGGCACCCAUUGUGCUGAUAUCAACGAG